UAAAGGCGGACAGAGGACCAUGGGGGAAACUUUUCAUACUGACAUGUUCGCGCAAUGACUGCAGAGAAACGUCUGACUGGGACGAGGCUCCCGGCGUGAGGAGGACAGGACAGGGCCCUUCGAGGCGAGAACCGAGGAGCUGUUGCCAUCUGCCGGGGCUGCGGGAGCGAAGAAGGCGGCGAACAAGCAGCUGAGUCCAGUCCCAAGAACCAGCGGUGGAAAAAGAUCCGGUUUGGCCCAUCUGAGCUGAAAGAUGAGCUUGUUGUCUGCCAUAGACACGAGUGCCUCCGUGUACCAGCCCGCGCAGCUCCUCAACUGGGUCUACCUCUCCCUGCAAGACCCCCACCAGACCAGCGCCUUCGACGCCUUCCGACCCGAGCCCAACUCUUCCCACCCGGAUCUCAACUUCAGCAAGACCCCCGGAGCGGCGGAGCUGAGCUCGUCCCUCAACUCCAACUAUCUGAACAACUUCUUUCAGCUGCAGCGGAACGAGGCCUUAAACAACAACGUGUACAAGAAUGUGUCACCCUAUGGCUCCCUGAACAACAUAGUGGACGGACUCAACUCCCUGACGGACCAUUUCUCAGACCUCUCCCUUUCCUCGGAGCCACGGAAACCCAACAAAAGACCCCCACCCAACUACUUGUGCCACCUGUGCUUCAACAAGGGCCAUUACAUCAAAGACUGCCCUCAGGCCAGACCCAAAGGUGAAGGGCUUACACCGUACCAGGGGAAGAAGAGAUGCUUCGGAGAGUACAAGUGCCCCAAGUGUAAGAGGAAGUGGAUGAGUGGAAACUCCUGGGCCAACAUGGGACAAGAAUGUAUCAAAUGCCACAUCAACGUCUAUCCACACAAACAGCGCCCCUUGGAGAAGCCGGACGGCCUGGAUGUUUCUGACCAGAGUAAGGAGCACCCACAACACCUGUGCGAGAAAUGCAAAGUCCUGGGCUACUACUGCCGCCGUGUGCAAUAAUCGUCAAACUCAGAGAGUCAGAGAGCAACGUUUGUGUCCCAAGUCCUGACGUUCAUCCUCCAUCAAGGCUGUUAACCUCCUCCCUGCCCAUCUCACACCCAGGUUCCCCCUCGUCCAUGUUCUGCACACAACAUGGCGUCCUCUCCUUCUCACGUCUUCCCCUCUGUGUUUCGAUUGCUCUAAUCCUCCCUCCUCUUCGAUGCCUUCCUUCACCGAGGCAAAUGAAUCUGUCCCUCACACAGAUUUUAGCCUUUAUGCCUUUUUCAGUAUUGAAGGAAUGAGAGGAUCACAUAAACCGAAGAUGAAUCUUUUCAAGUGCUCUUCAUUGAGGGCAUAAAACUUGCCAAAACCAGUGAUUUUUUGUCUUGUGUAUUAGAAACCACACUACCCCACUCAUCCACCUUCACAUUUAACAUCACCUUAUCAAUGUAUUGGUGUCACUGAUAGUAUUGGUCUCAAUAGAUUACCUCACCUUGGGGUUUGUUGGCUUUGUGUUUACAGAGAUCAGCCUUUCAUUUUCCCUGCCAAGUGAAGAGUGUGCUAAUGUGAUGAACAUUUAACCGGGGCCUCUCCCGAUGGUUCAAUGUACAGGGGGCCCUUCGAUGUCUUGCCGUAUUAGGGUCAACAGCACAUGUUAUUAACUGUGAAUUAACUGAGGGAUAAUGUGCCAUACAUCCCUAGCUUACAUUUGGCCUAUUUAUUUUCUUGUUUUCUAGUGUGCAAUUUGAAUUUUAACUGGGACAUAAGAAAUGUUUUUUUGUAUGUUUGUAUAUCACAUUAUUGUGUAACUGCUUCCAUGUGUCUUUAGAAACUACUGUAGGUUCAGUUGCGUAGAGUUGUCCACAUUUAGUGUGUUGCUAACAGAUAAGGUUUCACUUAUGCUCCCCUGGAGUAUUUUUGUUGCCCAACAAAUUCUUCAGUAUCUGUAGUGUUAGCUAUAUAAGUCUCAUCUGUAGGUACAGAUUUCAGAAAUGCUUUCAAAUUAGCACAAUUUACCGCAAGAAAUCGAGAGGGAAAUGUACGAAAAAAAACUGGUUUCAGAAACAAUCUUGCCAGUGCUGAAUAUUCAGUUUUGUUCAAAGCAAUUGAAUCUGAAGGGUCUGUAUAUGAGAACACAAAUGUCAGUUGCUCCGGACAUUCACUGGGCUUUUUUUCCCUGCCAGCUCCCGAGUGAAAUGUCCAGAGAAUGUCCGAGUGAGCCCAUGUGAGAAUCCAGCAGGAUAUUGUCCGGAGAAUUUAGUGAGAGCGAGUGUGCAUGUUGAUGAAGUUUCUAACAAGUAACAGACCCAAAACUGAAAAAAGAAAGAAUACAUUUACCUCAGGACGAUAAAGAGGUGCCAAAAAUGUAGAAGACGCUGAAAAAGAUGUCAACAAGCUUUUGGCGAUAAGAUCUACCCGCCUUAUUCAGUUAGCAUUAGAUGACUGAGGUUAAACUAUUCACAUGUAAAGUCUGAUUAGUCAGAAAUGAGUAUAAUACAAAGGAGAUUCAAGACAUUUAACGACCCAUUUAGUUUUAAUUGAUGCCUGGCAACAUUAGUGGAGACUGUGAAGCAAAUGGAAACUUUUCGAGGGCUUGCUCCCUUCAGAACUUUGUCAAGCAGCCGACCGCAGUGUAAAGCGUGUCCAGACGCAGGUGAAGCCUCUGAGAACUGCAACGAUUUCCAGGUUGUUUGAGAGAAACAAUAAGAUUUAAUAUAGAAAGGGCUGAGUUGUAACGUGGUGAUGCUGGAGAUUCAAGGAAAUAUGGAAAGUGGUGAUGAAUUGAGUUUACACUUGUAUUCAUUUAAUGGGGCCUAAACCAAUGUCUUUAAAGCAAGAGAAGCACACACCUGUUUACAUAGAUCACUGUGCAGACCUGAAGCACGACAGAGGAAAUUAAGGUUUUCAGAAUCCUGCCUUUUAAAAAGAACCCCGUUAUAGGAAUCGUGAACUAUAUUUCUACGUACUGUAUUUCUGGCCUUACAAAAGCUGGUUGACUGUAUUUUAUAUUGUACCAUACUGUGUGUGCCUUAAAAAGAUUGAAAUCAUUCUGAAGUAUCGAGACCAGGAGGCUGUUUGAAAUGAGUAAAAGACGUGGGGGAUUUAGGCUCAGAGAUGGAGCAGUGUGCAGUAUGUGCAUGUGGUAACUGUGGUGCAUAGAUGUUUAAUGCAGGUUCAAGAUGUGACAAAGGACGAGAGUGACAAAGGGACAGAGUUCCUCUAUUAGCAGUUUGAACUGGCAUCGGCAGGGUUAGCUGAGGGGGAGGCAAAGGCUAAACCAGCGUUUCCAGCUGGCAACAAUAAUCCUCCUGUGGUUUGUUGUCAUGGAAUAUCAACAGAGAUGUUAUUCCUCAGUCCAUCAUCACAACAGAAUGGAGUCGCACACCAAACUGUGGACCUCGCUCUUUGUUUUUUUCUGGCUAUUGUAGUUAUGUGUAUCUGAGAAACUAUGGGUUUUGUCGAGAAAUAGACAUGGUCCUUGCCUUGGUGGGAGAGUUUGCAGUGGCUGAAAAUGGUACCGUACAGUUUCAGGAAAUGAUGAGUUAGUAUUUAUCACUAAAGUUAAAGGGGCACUCCAGUGAUUCAGUACUGAACACUAAAAACUAAAUAAGUGCAGAAGAGUCAUAUCCUUACUUUCUGUCCUUGGUAUGACUCAAGCUCCAAAAAAUCAAUUGGAUUCUACAUUUCCCAUAAUGCAACUUGCCAUAAUAGCAUCUUUCCCUGCCAGGUAAAUGCCCACAACUUUAAAACUCCACAACUUCUCCAUGUGUCUCCAAGCCCAAGCAGAGAUAGCCCUGAUGACAUCACUGUGACAAUGAUGACAUCACUAUGACACCAUCUGGGUUGAGAGCCUCAUGGAUCCUACAUUUCCCAUUAUGCACCUCAACUGCAUCUUUCCCUGCCAGGUAAAUACACAGACCUUUAAAACAGCUUGUGUUCAGGAUUUUUGAAUUUGUCCAUAUGCACUAUACAAGCCACAUAGGUCCUACAUUUCCUAUAAUGCAAUUUAAUUGCAUCUUUCCCAAGUGGAGAUAACGUGAAUAACAUCACUAUGAUAUCUGGGUUAUUUUCUCAGACUUGACAAAGCCACAGAAGACAUGAUUCAGCUGUUUUCAUCAUGCAUGUUGCAGCACACUCACUGACAUGCACACUGAGCGUCAUGAGUAAAAUUGGUGGAGUGCCCCUUUAAAAUAAGGAACUAGCAGCAUUUAUCUUACGUUUAAGACGUAAACUGAAUGAAGAGGCUCCUUUAGAUCCAUCACUGCAGGGAACAAUCCACGUUUCUUACUGUUAGCAUCGUCUUUCUUUAGCUUUUUUGUGAUGAGACUAACCUCACAGGUCUUUAUGUCUGAACCCUGUCGUCCACAUCGUACCAUGUGGCUGUAGAGAGAGGAAUAUAUAUAAAAAUAUAUACCAAUGAUGCCUUAUGAACUAACCUCACAAACAAGUAACAAUGUUAUCGUAGUUCAGUGUUGUGGUUGAAUAGAAAUGAGAAAUAGGUGAGAGGAAGAGUUUGAUUCCGCCCAGACGUAUUAUGAGGCGUCCAUUUUAAAUGGCAAAUCAAGAGGAGAUGGAAGCAGCUAGAAGAAAUCACUGCUUUCAGACGUAGUGUCUUGACUUACAUAUACUUGACUUUUAUAGUACCUUUUCAGUUCAAAUUAUUAUUUUUUUCUAUAAAUGAGAUGUGUAUUUUGGAAAAACACUUAAUAGAUGUUGAAAAUUUUAAAGCAAUCUGCAAAAAAACUCGAGAGUUAUUUCCCUGACAAAGAUAAGACUGUUGUAUGUAUAUAUUUGAUGGCCAUCGUCUUUAAGGAUCUUUUUGAAGUUUUAUGCAAUAUUCUUGUGUGAAGAAGGGCCUAUUGCUGAGAAAUAAAGCUGGGAGUCUGUUUGUUUUCUUUAUGUUUUACAAGAAUCUGAGGGGCUUAUCCUGCAGAAAUAUUUAUGGAAAAGAUUUUUUACAACACUUUUUGUAUAGAAUAUGCAACAAAGUUACACUAAGAAGGAAAUAUUGAUGUCUACAUAGAAUAUUAUUAAAAAAAAGCUGGUACAUAAUUAAUACCCUUUCUCAGUUAUUGUAAGCCAUUGUACUUUUGUGUUUUAUGAUGUUAUCGAAUAACCCACAAUGUUAUUCAGUUGCUAUGUGUAACUAACUAUGAGCUGCCAUUUACACCCAGUCGCAUGUAUUCAUUUUGUAAACAGUAACUACAAUAUUAUGAAGAUAUAUUGUGUUAACAUGCAGAAAUCUUUGUUUGUUUCUUAAGUAGCGACGGACACUCACCACUGUAUACACGCGUAAACUGUGAGAUGUAGUUUGCUUAAAGCAGCAACAAUGAGAAACUAUUAUAAAAUGUUACGAUGUUAUUAGUAGUACAGGAAGUGUCGAGGGAGCGUGUGAGACAAAGAACUGUUUUAGAGUUUGCAUGUGCAUGUGUUUGGAAUUUGAAUGAAAAUAUCAUUUUGUGCAAUGUAUACUUAUUUAAAUACUUUUAUGGUAGUUUGCUUUAGUACAUAUUGUUUUUAACAUUAUCAGCAACUCCUGAUUGUUAUUAGUCAUAAAAAAAUUAAUGGCUCAUUUACAUUCGCUAGCUUAGCCUCGACGAAUAACACAUAUUUACUGAAUGUAAUGUGUUAACACUUAUGUGGUCGAUUUGGAAAGUGGUGUGUGUAUUCUUUAAUGUCUGUUUGUAAUGCGAUAUUGCAAUACUGUAAUAUUUGAAUUGGACAGAACGCAGCCGUGAGGUUGGGAAGACAAUGACUUUUUUGGGAAACAAGAGCAGUCAUGGUUUAGAGAGUAGACCGCAGGUCUGUUUUUCAUGUCCAUGAAAUGGCAUUCCAAAAUGUGCCUUAUUUGUUAGUCUGGAAAAAAACAUUUUAGUGCUGUAGAGCUGUCGAGAGUUUGAUGAAUAAAAAUCAUAUUGAAUUAAGAGCA